CCGACUGAGAACUCGGUAUGCAGAACACAUGAACGUCUCUGAGAGCACGUCUUACUGUGUUUGAGGCGCCAGAAUUCUCUCUUUCCAGGACGAUGUUCACUUUCUCCCAAAAAUGAUGUAUCGCUAGGCGCAGCCACCUCGAAACUCAGACACAUUAGGACGAAUCUGGGCUAGCAAACGUCAGAGUACUUAAAAGAAGCGUUCGCCAAACCAGAGAUUCCAGAGGUAUCAAAGCAUCUCGCUGUAUUCAUUAAGCCAACCAAGUCAAGUCGAUUGUUGGUUCUCACAGCAUCAUGCGUGUCCUUAUCAGCGGAGCAGGCAUCGCCGGUCCAACGCUGGCUUGGUUUCUGGCCAGGACCGGUGCGCGUGUCACAGUCGUUGAGAAGUGCAAGUCGAUUCCUACCUACGGCCAUAACGUCGACGUCAACCACAGCGCUAUCACCGUCUUGAAGAAGAUGGGCCUCAUUGAUCAACUUCGACGCUUCAACACAACAGAAAAAGGAACACAAUUCAUCGAUCCGCAGGGGCGGCCCUUUGCUCCCUUUCCUGUCAAGCAGGGCUCUUCCGCAAGCCCUACCUCGGAAUUUGAGAUCCUUCGAGGGGACUUGGCUGCAGUGUUGUACGAAGCCACGAAGACCCAUCCCAACAUCAAGUACCUCUUCGGCACUACCGCCAGCAAAGUCAUAUCCAACGACGACACCAAUGUCAAAGUUGAGCUAAGCAACGGAGAAGUACAAGAGUACGACUUAUUGGUCGCAGCAGAUGGCCAGUGGUCAAAGGUACGAAAGCAAGUCUUUCCCCAGGAAAGCAUCACCGUCAUCGACAAGAACAUGUACGUCGCCUACGCCGCUAUUCCCCGCCUCCCCGAGGACAACGACUGGUGGAAUAUCUACCAGGCCCUGGGAUCGAGGAUCAUCACCACUAGGCCCGACCCGCACGGCACCAUACGGGCCAUGUUCACCCAUAUGCCCUGCGACGGCGCGCAGAAGACGGCGUGGCAGGAGGCCGCACGAGGCGAUAAGAAGCUCCAAAUGGAGCUCGUGAGGCGGGAGUUCCUAGACGCCGGGUGGCAGACGCCCCGGAUCAUGGACGCCAUGGCACAGGCGGAAGAUUACUACUUCCAGGACCUGAAGCAGAUCAAGAUGAAAACGUGGUCCAGCUCCCGUGUCAUCUGCCUGGGAGAUGCGGCCUUUGCACCGACGCCCCUCUCGGGCAUGGGAACUACACUGGCCAUCAUCGGAGGUUACAUGCUUGCUGGCGAGCUCACCAAACUCACACCCGGAGAACAUCCUUCCCGGGCAUUCGAAGCUUACGAGGCCGCGUUUCGCCCCUACGUCGAGGAGACGCAGAGCGUUCCGUGGUUCUUCCCAGGAGUCGCGCAUCCGGUCACGGCAUGGCAGAGAUGGUUGCUAGGAACGAUUGUUUCGACGAUGUCCAGAGUUGUUGCGAUGCCUUGGGUGGCUAAGAAAUUCUUUGAUGAUACGAACAAUGACGAUUCGGAGUUCCCACUGCCGGCAUAUCCUCUUCUAGACGAUGAGAAGCUAAAAUGAGACAAGUUGGUGACAAGACACAAGAGGCAGGGCAGUGGUACACUUGGUACUAGAUGAACAAUUAGGGG